AAAUAAAAGCAAUGAAGCCCACAGUUUCGUGUCAGAGGAUACUCUAAAGCAACCAAUAAAACUUCUGUGGGUCCCCGGACACACUGGAAUAGUAGGCAACGAAAGAGCCGACCAAGCCGCCAAAGAAUGUUUUAAGUUUCCCCUGAUACCAGAAGUCCCAUGCCAUGCGAGCAUCAUAUUAAGAACGACAAAGGCUCUGCAAAUAGAAGCCGCAACUUCCAGGGACAACUACAACACAAAACUAUCACGUAGUCAAUGCAUCAAAUUAGCUAGGCUUCGGACUGGAACUGCCCUUUUUAACACUGCCCACAUCUUCACCAGAACUCAACCACCAUCUUGCUCAUUUUGUGCAACAACACUCACGAUAGAGCACAUACUUACAGUAUGCCCAAACUCGAAGAUUAAUAAAAGCAUUAAAAACAUCCUGGAUUGUAACAAUAGCAACAUCGAAGUAAUAGAAAAAGCAUUAGAAAUUCAUCACCUCAAUAAUCAAAUCUAACUAAAAGCGACAUCAACAAUGGCACUCAAUGACCUAGACGUCCGGUGCUGACAUUAUAUUUUGCAAAUUUAUUUUGCAAAAUAUGCUGAUUAAAUAAAUUAAAUAAAUAAAUAAAU